AGUCUCACCACAAUGGGUGCACGGAGCUGGACGCCAGAGUCAGGAAUUAUGUUUGCGGUGUGACUGGCAGAGCCAGUGCGGUAGUAUGCCUCUCGCGCCUCUGUCUGGCGCCGGUUGUCUGCUGCCAAUAUGCGCACGCCUUGGGCUCUUCGGUGGAUUGUCGAGCUGCCCCGUGCGCCGAGUCUGCACGUGCCCACUGCUGGUCCACCUGAGCUCUGCGACGUUUUCUGCUCAGCGGUGCUGCCGACCCGGGCCAUGCGCUGUCUGCUGCGAGGUCAGAUGGGGUACCUUUCAGCAAGAGAAAGCCAGCAGCAGCAGCAGCAGGGGCAUCUGGCGAAUGGGGUGUGUGUAAAUAUCAGCAGCGCGUGCAGCGAAAUUGCUCCGUGCCUGGAAUGCCCACUGUCCCUGAACAGGUAUCCUCGGCGCUGCCGUCUCUUAUCGCGCCUGCGAUCUAGCCGCCUAUCGAUGCCUGCUCCUGCCGCUCUCUGGUGCACUCGGCUCUGCUGUUUCAUCUCUGUCUGCUCACUGCCGCCCCCUGUCUUUCGCCUGGUCCUCCAUUGCGCUGCUGGCGCUCCUGUCUUGUUUGCUGUCGCCUGAUGUCAUGUUUACCUCCUGUCUCCACUGGGCUGCUCAGACAGGCUGCAGCCAGGCCGCCAGUGUGGGUCCAGAAGGAAGAAAGCGACGCAGGUCAUGGAUGCGAUGGGAUGAUGGGAGGCAAGGGAGGAUCCGGAUCUCUG